AAUAAUGAAAAGAUUUCUACAAAUUCUUUGAGUUCUUCUUCUUCUUCUUCUUCUCCUCAUUCUUCUGAUUAACACAUUCAACACCUUUAUUCUCUUGUAAGUAACACAUCACACGAACUAUGUAAAAAGAGAAAGCAAUCAGAUUCAAAAUCUUAACCUUACACACCAAAUGGACUCACCGUCUCCGCCACCACCGGAAUCCAUCUUCUUAGAAGACUUCGGUCAAAAAGUUGACCUCACACGGCGGAUCCGUGAGGUCCUUUUGAACUACCCCGAGGGUACAACUGUCUUAAAAGAACUCAUUCAAAAUGCCGAUGACGCCGGCGCCACUAAAGUCCGCCUCUGCCUCGACCGCCGCCUCCACCGCUCAGACUCCAUCAUAUCCACUUCCUUAUCCCAGUGGCAAGGCCCUGCUCUCUUAGCCUACAACGACGCUGUUUUCACAGAGGAAGAUUUCGUUAGUAUAUCGAGAAUCGGAGGCAGUGCUAAACACGGUCAAGCAUGGAAAACCGGCCGUUUCGGUGUCGGUUUUAAUUCGGUUUACCAUUUGACAGAUUUACCUUCUUUUGUUAGCGGAAAGUACAUAGUGUUAUUUGAUCCUCAAGGAGUUCAUCUUCCAAAUGUUUCAACAUCGAAUCCUGGUAAAAGAAUCGAUUUCGUUUCUUCUUCAGCGAUUAAUUUUUAUGAUGACCAGUUCUCUCCGUACAUUGCAUUCGGUUGUGAUAUGAAGUCUUCCUUCAAUGGAACUCUCUUUCGUUUCCCUUUGAGAAAUGCAAAUCAAGCAGCCACGAGUAAGCUUUCGCGACAAGCUUAUUUAGAAGACGACGUUUUGUCUAUGUUUGGUCAGCUUUUUGAAGAAGGAAUCUUCUCUCUGUUGUUUCUAAAAAGUGUGUUAGCUGUUGAAAUGUAUGUGUGGGAGAUUGGAGAGAGUGAGCCCAGGAAGCUGUAUUCAUGCUGUGUUAGUGGUGUAAAUGAGAAACUUAUUUGGCAUCGACAGGCAAUUUUAAGGAUGUCGAAAAAGAGGGAGAAGGAGAGUGAGAUGGAUGGGUAUGAGGUGGAGUUUUUGUGUGAGGAGUUUGUUGGCAGUGAAGUUAAGAAGAGGAGUUAUAGGUUUUAUAUAGUACAAACUAUGGCAUCGGUUAAUAGUAGAAUUGCUUCUUUUGCUGCUACUGCUUCUAAAGAAUACGACAUUCACCUCUUACCAUGGGCUUCUGUUGCAGCUUGCAUUUCAGAUGGUUUAUCCGAUAAUGAUGAUCUGAAGCUCGGUCGAGCAUUUUGUUUUCUUCCACUGCCUGUAAGAACUGGACUGAAUGUGCAAGUUAAUGGGUACUUUGAGGUUUCUUCAAAUCGCCGUGGCAUUUGGUAUGGAGCAGAUAUGGAUAGAAGUGGAAAAGUUCGCUCUAUAUGGAAUAGACUUCUUUUGGAAGAUGUAGUAGCCCCUGCCUUUAAGUAUUUGCUGCUUGGUGUGCAAGGGCUGCUAGGAUCAACAGAUUCAUACUAUUCCUUAUGGCCUACUGGCACUUUUGAAGAACCUUGGAAUGUUUUGGUUGAGCAUAUAUACAGAAAAGUUAGUGAUGUGCGUGUAUUGCAUUCAGAAUUUGAAGGCGGAAUUUGGGUGACGCCGGUUGAAGCCUUCCUUCACGACAAGGAGUUCACUAAAAGCAAGGAACUUGGUGAAGUCUUACUGAAAUUAGGAAUGCCUAUUGUCCACUUGCCCAUUGUCUUGUUUGAUAUGCUUUUGAAAUAUGCUUCCUGUUUUGAGCAAAAAGUGGUUACUCCUGAGGCAGUACGUCAUUUUCUUAGGGAAUGCAAAACCCUUGUGACAUUGAGCAAAUCUUACAAGCUUGUAUUAUUGGAAUAUUGUCUUGAGGACUUAAUUGAUGCUGAUGUUGGUUUGCAUGCACGGGACUUGCCACUUCUUCCUUUAGCAAAUGGGGAUUUUGGGUCAUUCUCUGAAGCUUCCAAGGGGACCUCUUAUUUUAUUUGCAAUGAGUUAGAAUUCAGAUUGCUUGAACAAAUAUCUGAAAGAAUUAUUGAUCGUUGUAUUCCCAUACACAUACUAAGCAGACUUUUUGCUAUUGCAGAGUCAUCAAAAGCAAAUCUUAUGGUUUUUAGUAUUACUGGUCUCCUUAGCUUAUUCCCUAGAUUUGUACCUGCUGAUUGGAGAUGUAAAAGUAAAGUAUUGUGGGACCCUGGAUCUUGUAAUGAUCACCCGUCUUCAUCAUGGUUUAAGCUGUUCUGGCAAUAUCUUCAGAAUCACUGCAAAAGGUUGUCCCUGUUUGGCGAUUGGCCCAUCUUGCCAUCCACAUCUGGCCACCUGUAUAGACCUUCUAGACAGUCGAAACUAAUAAGAGCAGAUAAACUUCCCCUUUCAGUUCAUGAUGCUCUCAAUAAGAUUGGAUGCAAAAUAUUAAAUACAGCUUAUGGAGUUGAACAUCCUGAUUUGUCUCUUUAUGUAAGUGAAGCUACUUUUGCAGAUAUCUUGGAAUCAAUUAUUGAUGCGACCUCUUCAAAUGGUGGUAUAGUGCGAGCAUUUCAUAAUUUGAGAGCUGAAGAAAGGGAUGAACUUCGAAGGUUUCUCCUCGAUCCGAAAUGGUACAUGGCAGACUACAAUGAUGGUUCUAUCAUAAGAAAUUGUAAGAUGCUUCCCAUCUAUAAAAUUUAUGGUGGAGGAUCUUAUGCAGAUGUUCUUUUCUCUGAUCUAGAAAAUUCGCAAAAGUACUUACCACCAUUAAAUGUUCCUGACAACUUCCUGGGUUCUGAGUUUAUUAUGACCUCAUCAAAAAUUGAAGAAGAGAUUUUGGGGAGAUAUUAUGGAAUUGAGAGAAUGGGGAAGGCGCGCUUCUACAGGGAACAGGUUUUUGAUAAUAUCAAGGAGUUGCAACCUGAAGUUCGUGACAAUAUUAUGCUUUCUGUUUUGCAAAAUUUGCCUCAAUUGUGUGUAGAGGAUGUAACUUUCAGGGAAAUUGUGAAAAAUUUGGAAUUUGUGCCAACCUUUAGUGGUUCUAUUAAGUCUCCUGCAGUGCUCUAUGAUCCUCGUAAUGAGGAGUUAUGUGCUUUAUUAGAUGAUUUCGAUGGCUUUCCUUCUGGUGUUUUCCAAGAACCUGACAUUCUGGACAUGCUACAUGCUUUGGGCCUCAGAACAUCUGUUUCUCCUGAGACAGUCAUAGAAAGUGCUCGUCAAGUAGAAAAACUAAUGCAUGAGGAUCAACAAAAAGCACAUUCAAGAGGUAAAGUGCUUAUUUCUUACUUAGAAGUAAAUGCUAUGAAGUGGCUAUCCAACCAGAUAAAUGAUGAUCAAGGAACUGUUAACAGAAUUUUUUCACGAGCUGCAACUGCAUUUAGACCUCGCAACUUGAAAUCUGAUCUUGAAAAUUUCUGGAAUGACCUGCGGAUGAUUUGUUGGUGCCCCGUAAUGGUUUCUGCUCCAUUUCAGACUUUGCCAUGGCCUGUUGUAUCAUCUACAGUUGCUCCACCUAAGCUUGUUAGAUUACAAACAGACCUGUGGCUUGUUUCAGCCAGCAUGAGAAUACUGAACUGUGAAUGCUCUUCCACUGCAUUAUCAUAUAACCUUGGAUGGUUAUCUCCCCCUGGAGGAAGUGCACUUGCUGCUCAGUUACUUGAGCUUGGAAAAAACAAUGAGAUUGUGAAUGAUCAGGUGCUCCGGCAGGAAUUAGCCUUGGCAAUGCCAAAGAUUUAUUCAAUAAUGAUGAGCUUGAUUGGUACAGAUGAGAUGGACAUUAUGAAGGCUGUUCUUGAAGGAUCUCGUUGGAUUUGGGUGGGAGAUGGGUUUGCUACUGCAGAUGAGGUUGUUCUUGAUGGUCCUUUUCAUUUGGCUCCUUAUAUUCGUGUUGUACCUGUUGAUUUAGCUGUUUUCAGAGACUUAUUUUUGGAGUUGGGCGUUCAAGAGUAUUUUAAGCCCAUAGAUUAUGCUAAUAUUCUAGCUAGAAUGGCUCUGAGGAAAGGUUCCUGUCCGCUAGAUGUACAAGAAGUCAGGGCAGCAGUAAUGAUUGUUCAGCAUCUGGCUGAAGUUCAAUUUCAUGCACAAGAAGUUAAAAUUUAUUUACCAGAUAUUUCAGGAAGGCUAUUCCCUCCCAAUGAUUUAGUUUACAAUGAUGCUCCCUGGUUGCUUGGCUCGGACAUCUCCGCUAGCACAUUUGGUGCAUCUUCUGUGGCUUUAAAUGCUAAAAGAACAGUCCAGAAAUUUGUCCAUGGAAAUAUCUCUAAUGAAGUUGCAGAGAAGCUUGGCGUCUGCUCACUCCGUCGGAUCUUACUUGCUGAGAAUGCUGAUUCGAUGAAUUUUGGUUUAUCUGGGGCGGCUGAAGCUUUUGGACAGCAUGAAGCAUUGACUACAAGACUUAAACAUAUACUUGAGAUGUACGCAGAUGGUCCUGGGAUUCUUUUUGAACUGGUCCAAAAUGCUGAGGAUGCUGGGGCUUCAGAAGUGAUUUUUCUUUUGGAUAAAACUCAAUAUGGGACUUCUUCUGUUCUCUCUCCAGAAAUGGCAGAUUGGCAAGGCCCUGCACUUUAUUGUUUCAAUGACUCUGUUUUCAGUCCACAGGAUCUAUAUGCGAUCUCUCGUAUUGGUCAAGAGAGCAAACUGGAGAAACCUCUUGCAAUUGGUAGAUUUGGGCUUGGGUUUAAUUGUGUUUAUCAUUUUACAGAUAUACCUACAUUUGUUUCUGGGGAAAAUAUUGUUAUGUUUGAUCCUCAUGCCUGUAACUUGCCUGGGAUCUCUCCUUCCCACCCUGGUUUAAGAAUUAAAUUUGCAGGGAGAAAGAUUUUGGAACAAUUUCCUGAUCAGUUCUCUCCAUUCUUGCACUUUGGCUGUGAUUUGCAGCAUUCUUUUCCCGGUACCCUCUUUCGUUUUCCUCUUAGAAGCUCUGCAAUUGCCCUGCGUAGCCAGAUAAAGAAAGAAGGAUAUGCACCUGAAGAUGUCAUGUCUCUCUUUGAAUCCUUUUCUGGGAUUGUUUCUGAUGCUUUGCUUUUUCUCCGCAAUGUGAAAAGCAUCUCUAUCUUUGUGAAGGAAGGAAAUGCUUAUGAAAUGCAACUCUUGCAUCGUGUGCACAGAAAUUGCAUUGUUGAGCCAGAGAUGGAGUUCAGUUCAAUGAAUGAUGUAUUUAGUCUUAUUAAUGGUAGUCAAUGUAAUGGAUUGGAUAAAGAUCAGUUGCUGCAAAAGUUGAGCAAAUCCAUGAAUAGGGAUUUGCCAUAUAGGUGUCAGAAGAUUGUAGUGACAGAGGAAAAACCAUCUGGGGUCUUUUCACACUGUUGGAUAACUGGUGAGUGUUUAGGUUGUGGACAAGCAAAGAGCAGCUCUACAGUUGCUAAUCACAAAUCUCAUAAAUCAAUUCCAUGGGCUUGUGUUGCUGCAUAUAUACAGUCUAUCAAGAGGGAUGGGGAAUCGAGCGAUAUCUUGAAUACAGAGGCUUGUACUUCUGAUAUGUUCCUAGUUUCUGAGGCUUCCGUGCAACAAAGGAAGAACUUUGAGGGUCGUGCCUUCUGCUUCUUGCCACUGCCAAUCAACACUGGGCUGCCAACACAUAUCAAUUCAUAUUUUGAAUUGUCAUCUAACAGGAGAGACAUCUGGUUUGGUAAUGACAUGGCAGGGGGUGGGAAAAAACGGUCUGACUGGAACAUGUACAUCCUUGAAAAUGUUAUUGCUCCUGCUUAUGGUCAUUUGCUUGAGAAAAUUGCACUGGAGAUUGGCCCAUGUGAUUUGUUCUUUUCAUAUUGGCCAACAGCAACUGGUUUGGAGCCUUGGGCAUCAAUGGUGCGGAAGGUAUACAGUUUCAUUGCAGAAUCUGGUCUUCGUGUAUUUUAUACAAAAGUUAGACAGGGCCAGUGGGUUGCUGCCAAACAAGUGCUUUUUCCUGAUUUUAACUUUCAUAAGACAUGGGAGCUUGUAGAAGCAUUAGCAGAUGCUGGUCUACCUCUUGUGGCUGUUUCCAAGGCACUCGUAGAGAGAUUUAUGGAAGCCUGCCCAUCUUUGAACUUUCUGACACCGCAGUUGUUAAGAACACUGUUGAUUCGGAGGAAACGUGGUUUCAAGGACAGAAUUUCAAUGCUCCUCACCCUUGAAUAUUGUUUGCUUGAUUUAAAUGUUCCCAUUCAACCUCAAAAUCUGUAUGGUCUAACAUUGCUGCCUCUUGCUAAUGGUUCAUUUGCAACAUUUGAGAAAAAUGGAUCUGGUGAAAGAAUUUAUAUCUCACGGGGCAGCGAAUAUGGUCUCCUCGAGGAUUCAAUUCCGCAUCAGCUUGUGGACUGUGAAAUUCCAGAAGUUGUUUAUGGAAAGCUAUGCAACAUAGCUGAGAGUGAUAAAUCAAAUAUUUGUUUUCUGUCUUGCAAUUUACUUGAGAAGCUCUUUGUGAAGUUACUUCCAGUUGAGUGGCAGCUUUCCAAAAAGGUAACUUGGAUCCCUGGUAAUCAGGGCCAACCAAGUUUAGAAUGGAUAAGAUUGCUGUGGAGCUAUCUAAAGUCAUGGUGUGAUGAUCUCUCAAUAUUUUCUAGCUGGCCAAUACUACCUGUUGGCGAAAAUUAUCUUUUGCAGUUGGUUCCAAAUUCUAAUGUGAUUAGAGAUGAUGGGUGGAGUGAAAACAUGUCUUCUUUGUUGCUCAAAGUAGGAUGUGUGUUCUUAAGGCGUGACCUACAAAUUGAACAUCCAGGCUUGGGAAACUAUGUGCAGUCUCCAACAGCAGCAGGAAUAUUGAAUGCAUUUCUGGCGAUUGCUGGUAAACAAGAGAACGUUGAGGAGCUUUUUGCUGCUGCAUCAGAGAGUGAGCUGCAUGAACUACGGAGUUUUGUUCUUCAGUCUAAGUGGUUCUUUGUAGAGCAAAUGGAUGACCAUUGUAUUGAUGUCAUCAAACACCUUCCUGUAUUUGAGUCUCACACAAGUAGAAAAUUAGUCAGUCUGAGUAAACCUGCCAAAUGGCUUAAGCCAAAUGGUGUUCGGGAGGAUCUCCUGGAUGAUGAUUUUGUGCGCACUGAAUCAGAAAGAGAGAGAAUUAUUUUGACAAGGUACUUAGAGAUCAGAGAGCCAUCAACAGCGGAAUUUUACAAGACUUUUGUACUUAAUCGCAUGUCAGAAUUCCUUUCACAGAGAGAGGUUCUUGCUGCCAUUCUAAAUGAUGUGAAGCUGUUGAUCAACAAUGAUAUUUCCAUCAAAUCCACACUUUGUAUGACACCUUUCGUAUUGGCUGCGAACGGAAUGUGGCGACAGCCAUCUAGGCUCUAUGAUCCCCGUGUUCCUGAGCUACAUAAGAUGCUCCAUAGUGGCUUUUUCCCUUCCAAGGAAUUCUCAGAUCCAGAAACUCUGGAGACUUUAGUUAUUCUUGGGCUAAAAAGAACUCUAGGCUUAUCUGGUUUUCUUGAUUGUGCUAGAUCAGUGUCUACAUUGCAUGAUUCUGGUAACUCAGAAGCAGUGAGUUAUGCGAGAAGGUUAGUUACCUGUUUAAAUGCUCUUGCAGUUAAGCUGUCUGCUGACGAGAAAAAAGGCAAUUGCAAUCAGUUGCAGUGUAAUUUGGAUUAUCAGGAUAAUUGUGUUGCACAUGAUGAUGCUGCAUUUCUGGGCUGUCUUGAGAGAGAUAAGAAUCACUUCGAAGAUGCACUAGACAUUGACUAUCUCUUGAGCAACUUGGUUGAUGAUAAGCCAGAAGAUGAAUUUUGGUCUGAAAUCAAGACUAUUGAUUGGUGUCCUGUUUAUAUCGAUCCACCCUUACCAGGACUGCCUUGGUUAAAACCUAAGAAGCAAGUAGCAUGUCCAAACAUUGUGAGACCUAAAUCACAGAUAUGGACAGUUUCUUGUGCUAUGCAUAUACUAGAUGAUGACAGUGUCUCAAAUUGCCUACAACUGAGACUUGGUUGGAUGGAUCGUCCAAAGGUAGAUGUUCUAUCGUUGCAAUUGAGUGAACUAUCCAAGUCCUACAAUAAGCUAAAGCUCAACUCUUCUUUGAGGCUCAAUCUCGAUGCUGCAAUGCAGAAGGGAAUUCUAACACUUUAUUCUAGGUUGCAAGAAUAUAUUGGCACCGAUGAAUUUAUUAUGUUGAAGUCAGCUUUGGAUGGUGUUUCCUGGAUUUGGAUUGGUGAUGAUUUUGUAUCCCCAAAUUUACUUGCAUUUAAUUCCCCAGUGAAAUUCACCCCGUACUUGUAUGUUGUUCCAUCUGAACUAUUGGAAUUUAGAGAACUGCUCCUGGGAAUAGGUGUAAGACUUAGUUUUGAUAUUUGGGAUUACUUUCAUGUUCUGCAACGGUUACAAAAUGAUGUAAAAGGGUGCCCCCUAUCAACUGAUCAGUUAAGUUUUGUCCAGUGUGUCCUUGAAGCUGUUGCAGACUGCAGCCUGGAUAACCCAUUAUUUGAGGAUUCUAACACCUCAUUAUUAAUGCCGGAUUCUUCUGGAAUUCUGAUGUGUUCUAGGGAUCUUAUCUAUAAUGAUGCACCGUGGAUUGAAAACUGUGCUCUGGUUGGGAAACACUUUGUACAUCCAAGUAUCAGCAAUGAUUUGGCAAAUAGGUUGGGGGUGAAGUCACUCCGCUGUGUCUCUUUGGUGGAUGAAGAUAUGACUAAAGAUUUGCCAUGCAUGGAUCGUGCAAAGAUAAAUGAACUUCUAGCGUUGUACGGGAACAGUGAUUUCUUGUUGUUUGACCUUCUUGAGUUGGCAGAUUGCUGCAAAGCCAAAAAAUUACACCUAAUAUUUGACAAGAGGGAGCAUCCUCGGCAGUCUUUGUUGCAGCAAAAUUUAGGUGAAUUCCAAGGGCCUGCUUUAGUUGCCAUUUUGGAAGGUGUGAGCUUGAAUAGAGAGGAUGUUAGCAGCCUUCAGCUUCUUCCUCCAUGGAGACUUCGGGGCAAUACACUUAACUAUGGCUUGGGACUUCUUAGCUGUUACUUUAUAUGUGAUCUCCUGUCAGUUAUAUCUGGUGGCUACUUUUAUAUGUUUGAUCCUUGUGGUCUGGCACUUGGUGUACCUUCAAGUCAUACUCCUGCAGCAAAAAUGUUUUCUUUGAUAGGUACAAAUUUGACCGAACGUUUUUCUGAUCAAUUUAAUCCUAUGCUGAUUGGUGAAAAAAAAUCAUGGUUAUCACAAGAUUCUACUAUUAUCCGCAUGCCUUUAUCGUCAGAAUGUCUUAAAAAUGGGCUUGAGUUGGGAUUGAAGAGAGUGAAGCAAAUAUUUGACAGAUUCAUGGAGCAUGGAUCCAGGACACUUAUUUUCUUGAAGUCAGUUCUGCAGGUGUCACUCUCCACAUGGGAUGGAGGAGGUACACAACCAUGCCAAAACUAUUCAGUUUGUGUUGAUUCAUUAUCUGCGACCAUGAGAAACCCCUUUUCAGAGAAGAAGUGGAAGAAGUUCCAAUUUUCAAGGCUAUUUAGCAGCUCAAAUUCCGCCGUGAAAUUUCACGUGAUAGAUGUGAAUUUACAUGAAGGUGCUACAGCUAAUACAGUUGUUGACCGAUGGCUUGUUGUCCUUAGCCUUGGUUCUGGGCAAACAAGAAAUAUGGCUCUUGAUAGGAGAUACCUGGCAUACAGUUUGACACCUGUUGCUGGAGUUGCAGCGCAUAUAUCAAGAAAUGGUCACCCUGUUGACGUGCAUCUGAAAAGCUCUGUUAUGUCCCCUCUUCCUUUAUCUGGCAGUGUAGCUUUACCUGUUGUUAUCCUUGGAUGUUUCCUUGUGCGUCACUGUGGUGGUCGUUCUCUCCUCAAGUACCAGGGUAGAGGAACUUCAUUGGAAGCACAAGCUGAUGCUGGGGAUCAGUUGAUUGAAGCUUGGAACAGGGAAUUAAUGUCCUGUGUUUGUGAUUCCUACAUUGAAAUGGUGGUGGAAAUGCAGAAGUUAAGAAGAGAACCUUCAAGUUCAGCUAUUGAAUCAAGUGUGGGUCAUGCUGCUGCCCUGUCUUUGAAGGCAUAUGGAGAUUGUACUUAUUCCUUUUGGCCAAGGUCUAAGGGGGAUGCUUUGAUUGAUAAGCCUGAAGAUGCCAAUAAUGUAGUUCAAAUGGAAGUUCUUAAAGCAGACUGGGAAUGCCUGAUUGAACAAGUAAUAAGGCCAUUCUAUGCUCGUCUUGCUGAUCUUCCUGUGUGGCAGCUGUAUUCUGGAAGUUUUGUUAAGUCUGAAGAGGGGAUGUUUCUUUCACAACCUGGAAAUGGUGUAGCUAGUAAUUUGCUUCCAGCUACAGUUUGUGGUUUUGUGAAGGAACAUUAUCCUGUGUUUUCUGUACCUUGGGAACUGGUGACUGAAAUCCAAGCUGUAGGGGUUACAAUUAGGGAAAUUAAACCUAAAAUGGUUCGUGAUCUUCUGAGGAUGUCGUCAACAUCUUUUGCUCUUCAAUCAGUUGAUACCUAUGCAGAUGUCCUUCAAUACUGCUUGUCUGAUAUUGAGUUCCCGCAGUUAUCUGAUACAUCAGUUUACCCUGUUAACUCCAAUGCAGUGCAUAGAACCGCUACUGACAGGGGCAACAGUUUUGCUUCAGUAUCAACACCCAAUCUGCAGAAUUUUCAUGGUUUGCGAUCCCAGAGCUCAGCCAGUUCGGGGGAUGCGCUUGAACUGGUGACAAGUUUGGGGAAGGCUUUAUUUGAUUUUGGCCGGGGAGUUGUUGAUGACAUUGGUAAGGCUGGAGGGCCUAUAACUCAAAGGAACACCAUUUCAGAUGGCGGCUAUGGAAAUGGGAAUCCUUUGAUUUUACAGGUUGUUGCUGAGCUUAGAGGCUUACCAUGUCCAACUGCUACUAAUAAUUUAGCUCGGUUAGGAGUUGCUGAGCUUUGGCUUGGUGACAAGGAUCAACUCGCCCUCAUGAUGCCUUUGGCUGCAAAAUUUAUCCAUCCGAAACUGUUGGAUAGAUCUAUCCUGUUUGAUAUUUUCUCAAAAUGUGCCAUACAGUCAUUAUUAAGAUUGAAGAGUUUCUCUCUUCAUUUACUGGCUGGUCAAAUGAGAUUACUUUUUCAUGAGAACUGGGUGAAUCAUGUCAUGGGGUCAAAUAUGGCCCCAUGGUUUUCGUGGGAAAAUACAUCAACUUCUGUUGAUGAAGGUGGUCCUUCCCACGAAUGGAUAAGAUUGUUCUGGAAAUGUUUUACUGGUUCAUCAGAAGAACUCUUACUGUUUGCUGAUUGGCCCCUAGUUCCUGCUUUUCUUGGUAGGCCCAUCUUAUGCCGUGUAAAGGCACGCCAUCUGAUCUUCAUUCCUCCCCUUUUCACAGAUCCACACGCUGAAAAUGAUGUUUCAUAUAUGAGUGGCAUGCAAAGUGAUAGGACUGGAGUAUCCAUGAAUCAUUAUCCUGAAUAUGAAUUACAGUUAUACAUCUCAGCUUUUGAAUUAGCCAAAAGUCGGUAUCCUUGGUUAUUUUCUCUGCUGAACCAGUGCAAUAUACCUAUUUUUGAUGCUACUUUCAUUGCUUGUGCUGCGUCAUGUAAUUGUCUCCCUUCACUCAAUCAGUCACUGGGGCAAGUUAUUGCUUCCAAGCUUGUUGCGGCUAAACACGCUGGCUAUUUUGCUGAACUUGCAUCAUUUUCAGGUUCAGAUCGAGAUGAGCUUUUCAGUCUUUUUGCUCACGAUUUCUUUUCUAAUAGCUCCAAAUAUGGAACUGAAGAGCUUCAAGUAUUGCGUUGCCUACCUAUUUACAAAACAGUUGUUGGAUCCUAUAGCAGAUUGCACGACCAAGAUCAUUGUAUGAUCUCUUCAAAUUCAUUCCUAAAGCCAUCUGAUGAUCAUUGCCUUUCUUAUUCAACAGAUUCAAUUGAGUGUUCCAUUUUACGAGCCCUUGGGGUUCCUGAAUUACAUGAUCCACAAAUUUUGAUAAGGUUUGGGUUACCUGGAUUUGAUGCCAAACCUCAGCCAGAGCAGGAGGAUAUUUUAAUUUAUCUUUACACUAAUUGGCAAGAUCUUCAAACAGAUUCUUCUUUAAUUGAAGUUCUGAAGGAGACUACAUUUGUGAGGAAUGCAGAUGAAUUUUCCAUGGAUUUCUCAAGGCCCAAGGAUCUGUAUGAUCCUUGCGAUGCUUUAUUAACAUCUGUAUUUGCUGGUGAGAGAAAGAAAUUUCCUGGAGAAAGGUUUAGUACAGAUGGGUGGCUUCGUAUUUUAAGGAAAAUAGGUCUUCAAACUGCAGUUGAAGCAGAUGUAAUACUUGAAUGUGCUAAAAAAGUAGAAUCUCUUGGAAGUCAGUGCAUGAAAUCCAAGGGGGAUUUUGAUGAUUUUGUGAGGGACUCUAAUGAUGAAGUUUCUACAGAGAUAUGGACAUUAGCUGGAUCUGUCGUUGAAGCUGUGAUCUCAAACUUUGCUGUUCUUUUUGGCAAUAGUUUUUGUAAUGUCAUGGGUAAGAUUGCAUGUGUACCUGCUGAACUAGGAUUUCCCAGUGUUGGUGGCAAGAGAGUUCUUACUUCAUAUAAUGAAGCUAUUCUGUUGAAGGAUUGGCCUUUGGCUUGGAGUUGUUCUCCUAUUCUUACUAGACAAAAUGUUAUUCCACCCGAGUUCUCUUGGGGAGCACUUCACCUAAGGAGUCCUCCAGCUUUUUCAACAGUCCUAAAACAUCUGGAGGUUGUUGGAAGAAAUGGUGGUGAAGACACACUCGCUCAGUGGCCCACUACACCAGGUGUGAUGACAGUUGAUGAAGCUUUUUGUACAGUAUUAAGAUACCUGGAUAGAGUCUGGGGCUCCCUUUCUUCUUCAGAUUUAGAAAAACUGCAGAGAGUGGCAUUUCUGCCGACUGCAAAUGGAACACGCUUGGUGACAGCAAACUCUCUUUUUGUUCGCCUGACAAUUAACCUGUCACCAUUUGCUUUUGAACUUCCUACUUCAUAUCUUCCGUUUCUGAACAUUCUCAAAGAGUUGGGACUUCAGGAUGUGUUAUCAAUUGAUGCUGCAAAAGAUCUCCUAUUAAAUCUCCAAAAAGCUUGUGGAUACCAGCGAUUAAAUCCAAAUGAACUUCGUGCUGUAAUGGGAAUCUUGUAUUUUCUUUGUGAUGUGACAGUUGAGGGAAAUGCGUUUCAUGAAGUUGACUGGAAAUCUGAUGCAAUAGUCCCGGAUGAUGGUUGCAGACUAGUUCAUGCAAAAUCAUGUGUGUGUAUUGAUUCUUAUGGCUCUCGAUUCGUUAGACAUAUUGAUACAUCAAGGUUAAGAUUUGUUCACCCAGAUGUUCCAGAGAGAAUUUGUACAGCUUUGGGCAUCAGGAAAGUAUCUGAUGUUGUUGUAGAGGAACUUGAGGAGCAAGAAGAUUUGCAAACAUUGGAAUGUAUUGGGUCUCUUCCACUGGUACUCAUCAGAGAGAAGCUGUCAAGUAGAUCAUUUCAGAGUGCUGUAUGGAAUCUUGUAAAUAGCUUAGCUGGCUUUGUUCCUGCAACUGAUGAUUUACCUUUGGAAACCAUACAAAAGUUACUAGAAUUUGUUGCAGAAAGGUUGCAGUUUGUUAAAGUUCUCCAUACCCGGUUCCUGCUUCUUCCAAUGUCUCUAGAUAUCACCCUCAUUGAUAAGAAUUCUAUCAUUCCAGAAUGGGAGGGUGGAUCCAAACAUAGAAGCCUAUACUUUGUAGACCGAUUGCAGACCUCUAUUUUGGUUGCUGAACCACCUGCUUGUGUACCAGUUGUUGAUGUAAUUGCAGUUGUAAUAAGCCAGGUUUUGGGCUGCUCUGCUCCAUUACCCAUAGGAUCCCUAUUUUUAUGUCCUGGAGGCUUUGAAACUGCGAUUCUCAACAUAUUGAAACUUAAUUCUGAGAAAAGAGAAAUUGAAUCUACAAGUAAUAAAUUAGUAGGUAAGGAAAUACUGCCUGCAGAUGCUCUUCAAGUGCAGCUUCAUCCCUUAAGACCCUUCUAUAGGGGAGAAAUUGUGGCAUGGAGGUAUCAAAAUGGAGAGAAGUUGAAAUAUGGUAGGGUUCCGGAGGAUGUUAGACCAUUAGCUGGCCAAUCUCUUUACCGAUUAAAGGUGGAGACUGUGCUAGGAGUGGUUGAACCUAUUCUUUCUUCACAUGUCUUCUCAUUUAAAAGUAUAUCAAUUGAAAAUGAGUUAUCGUUAGCAACUUCGCCAGAUUUAAGUUAUUCUGCAGUUGAAAAGAGGACUCUCAUCGAGGUGCCAGAAAGUUCUGGAAGGGCCAAAACUAAAUCUCAGAAGGGUGGCAAAGAGCUCCAAUAUGGCCGAGUAUCAGCUGCAGAACUUAUCCAGGCAGUUCAUGAGAUGCUUUUGGCUGCAGGGAUCAGCAUGGAUGAGGAGAAGCAGUCUCUUCUGCGAAGAACGAUAUCUCUGCAGGAACAAUUGAAAGAGUCUCAAGCUGCAUUUCUUCUUGAACAGGAAAAGGCUGAUAUGGCAGCUAAAGAAGCUGAUACGGCAAAAGCAGCAUGGGUUUGUCGAGUCUGUUUGAGCAAUGAAGUCGACAUGACGAUUGUUCCCUGUGGUCAUGUUCUUUGCCGGAGAUGCUCAUCUGCUGUUUCUAGAUGUCCAUUCUGUCGGCUUCAGGUCAUAAAAACCAUUCGAGUUUUCCGGCCAUGAUCUACCACGUGAAACAGACCUUUCUCAUGCAUUUGGCGUCGGAACCUUUUUUCACCAAUAGAUGCUACAGUGUUAAUGUUUAGCUUCUGUUAGGGAAAGAUGGGAUACUGUAGAAAGAGAAAUCCCAUUAAUACCCAAUUAAUAACAUCAAAAUAGCUUAAGCUUGUCAACAUUUUAGGAGAUUAUAUGUAUGCAUUCAUUUCUCCUUGUGUAUAGUGAAUUUUCUUUGCUAUGUAUAUGAGAAAUUGAUAAAAGUAGUGUAUAGUUAUGCUCCAAUGUUUUCAUUUACCGAUUUA